AUGUUUACUAAAUUCCUCAUCUUCUUUCUCCUUUGCAAUCCCUUUGUUUCUUUGAUCACAGCACAUGAAUACCCUGAUGAUGAUUUCGUGCGUCCAUUGGACAGAAAACUGUUGGGUUUGGAUCAAAAGCAAGAAAAGCUGAGCCAUUUCAAGUUCUAUUGGCAUGACAUAGUGAGUGGACGCAACCCUUCUUCAGUUGAAGUUGUUCCUCCACCCUUGAAGAACUCAACCACAGCUUUUGGUUUGGUGAACAUGAUUGAGAACCCUUUGACUUUGGGACCCCAAUUGAGUUCCAAAUUGGUGGGAAAAGCACAAGGGUUCUAUGCUUCCACAUCGCAGAGUGAAGUGGACUUGAUCAUGGCUAUGAAUUUUGCAAUAACUGAAGGGAAGUACAAUGGUAGCACCAUCACAAUUUUGGGGAGGAACCCUGUUUUCAACAAGGUGAGGGAGAUGCCUGUGAUUGGUGGUAGUGGACUUUUUCGAUUUGCUAGGGGAUAUGCUCAACUUAGAACUCACUGGUUCUCACCUAAGACUAAAGAUGCUAUUGUUGAGUACAAUAUUUAUGUUUUUCAUUAUUGAUAUAUGUAUGAGAUUUUCAUUUUGCUUAAUUUUAUU